UCCGCUUGAUUCCUGCUGUUCUGCUCUGUCUGCUUCUUCUACUACUUCUUCUUCUUCUUCUUCUACUACUACUUCUACUACUACUUCUACUACUUCACUACAGCCAUGUCCUCCUCUGACUCUGUCGCCCAGGCCCUCGCCGGCGCAGGCGGCGGCGCCCUCGCAAUGAUCACAACCUACCCGCUCAUCACCCUCUCCACCCGCGCGCAGACCGAGCGUCGCAAGUCCGUCUCCGCAGACUCCUCCUCCGCCGCCGCAACAGUCGACCUCCCGGACUCUUCAAAAUCCGCCGUCGACGCUGCUCGGAAACGGCUCGCCGCGCUCAAGAAGAAACCCUCGAUCGUCGCCGCCGCGAGCAAGAUCAUCCAGCGCGAGGGCGUCUCGGGAUUGUACUCGGGACUGCAGUCGGCGCUGUUUGGAAUCAGUGUGACGAAUUUUGUGUAUUACUACUUUUACGAGGGGACUCGGAGCGUCUUCGAACGUCGCAAGGCGCUCAAGAGCGGCGCGGCGGCGGCGGCGGCAAUCAGUCAGUCAAUGUCGACCCUCGAGUCCAUGCUCGCAGGCGCCAUCGCCGGCUCUGCCACCGUCAUCCUCACAAACCCCAUUUGGGUCGUCAACACCCGCGAAACCGCCCGCGUCGGCUCCGCACCAAAACAAUCCACCUUUGCAACCAUCCGCGACAUCCUCGAAAACGACGGCCCCGGCGCCUUCUUCGCGGGUCUCAUGCCGGCUCUCGUGCUCGUCAUCAACCCGAUCCUGCAGUACACAAUCUUUGAACGCCUCCGCGCCGUCAUCGAGCGGAAACGCGCCCUCCGCCCGCUCGACUUCUUUAUCCUCGGCGCGCUGGGGAAACUUGUCGCUACGUCGACGACGUAUCCUUAUAUCACCGUCAAAGCGCGCAUGCAAGUCCAGCGGCGCAGAGCAGCGGCUGCCGCGGAGGCUGCUUCCUCUUCUGACGCAGCUGCGGCAGAUGCACCUCCUGUCUACACAUCCACCGUCUCGGCACUCAAGCAGAUCGCUUCGACGGAAGGUUGGAAAUCGCUCUACUCUGGGAUGGAUUCAAAGAUCGUGCAGAGCGUCUUGACCUCUGCCUUUUUAUUCUAUUUCAAGGAACAGCUUGUCGUCGCCGCCGUUGCUUUCCUCCAACUCGCUCGUCGUAAGAGACUUGCUGCAAACUAACUCUGCCAUAACUACUACUACUCUGCUAUAACUAUGCUAUCAAUAUGACUU